AUUUUUUGAGAUGGAGUCUUGCUGUGUCACCCAGGCUGGACUGCAGUCGUGUGAUCUCAUCCCACUGUAACCUCCACCUCCCAGGUUCAAGUGAUUUUAACUGCCUCAGCCUCCCAAGUAGCUGGGAUUACAGACACGCUCCACCACGCCUGGCUACUUUUUUUGUAUUUUUAGUAGACAUGGAGUUUCACCAUGUUGGCCAGGGUGUUCUAGAACUCCUGCCCUCGGGUAAUCUGCCUACCUUGCACCUCCCACAUUGUUAAGAUUACAGGCAUGAGCCACCGCACCAGGCCACAUCCCUCAUUUAGCUCACCUUUAUGGCCUGUGCAGAUGGCAGACUGAUCUUGGAAAUGACUGGUUAUCUUACACUGAAACAAAUAAUGACUCUAUUAGCAGCUGCUAUUUAUUUAUUUAGAGACAGAGUCUCAUGCUGUCACCCAGGCUGGGUUACUAGGACAUUGAGAAAUAUUAAGCAGAGGAGGACAUGUAUCCUUCAAAAGCUGUAGGCAGGGCCAGGUGUGGUGGCUCACGCCUGUAAUCCCAGCACUUUGGGAGGCCAAGGUGGGUGGAUCACCUGAGGUCAGGAGUUCAAGACCAGCCUGGACAAAUGCUUUUUCCCCCUCCAUAUCAAUAUGUAAGGACAAACAGAAAUAGUUUGCUUUUACUUAUUAGACCAAUGGCACCCCUCAUUAGACCAGUGGUUCCCCUUAUUAGACAAAUGAAGCUCCUUUGGUCUGAGGCAACGAUCUUGCCUCACAGUUACAUGGACUCACCUGUACUCUGCCAUAUGGAGUCUGCAAAAACCCUGACCCUUUUUAUGUUCCACACGUCACGCUGGUCCACUGCAUCGAUGACAUUAUACUGAUGGUAUCUGAUCUUAUGAGUAGGAAAUAGUUGUACUUUAGAUGCUUUAGUAAUCACCAUGCAAAUCAGAGAGUAGGAGAUAAGUCCCAUCAAAAUUUACGGGCAUGCCACCUCAGUGAAGUUUCCAGGGGACUAAUGGUCUGGAGCAUGUCUGGAUAGCCCCUCCAAAAUGAAGGAUAAGGUGCUGUACCUAGAACCACCUACCACUGAAAAAUAAUGCCUGGUGGAUCUUUCUGGAUUUAGAAGCCAACGUACACUUUAUUUAUUUGUGCUACUUUGACCUUUUGCCAAGCAAGGCAGAGAUGCUACCUGCUUUAAUUGAGGACCAGAAUAAGAGACUGUUCUGCAGUAAUUCCAUGCUACAGGGCAAACUGCUCUUCCACUUCAGCCUAAUAACUCAGCAUAUCUGAUAGUGCUUGGUGUGUCUGUGGCAGAUAUCACUGCUGCCUGACCCCUGUGGUUAGAAUCAGCAAGAUAACUGAGUACAGGUCUCUAAGGAUUUGAAACAUACCCACGUCCUCUUGUAGACAGUCCCUUUUAACAUUUAAUCAUGGGACAUCAAGUAACCACACAGGCUAAGCUUCUCAGAAUGAACUGGGCAUUUUCUGUCCCAGGAAACCAUAAGCUUGGGCAUAUGUAUGGCAGUCUUUCACCAAUCUAUCAUCUGGGCCCACUGAGGUCCAAAAGGCAUGAGAGGCUUCUUGUUUAGGUGACUUAGGCUCCCUUCAUACAGACUCCUGCUGAAUUGCCUCUUCUAUCCCCUUCUCCAAAAGCAAAAAGCCUGGUUUCAGUUAUCGUCAAUUUAUUUACUCAUUUGUUCAGUCCCCAUUAUGCAAAUAAUAAAAUGACUACGGGUAUCUGCUCAGCUCUGGGCCACACACAGUGGCCAUGCAGGCCAAGUUCCCAUUUAAUGUAUAGUUCAAAAAACUCUACUCAUAUUGAGAAUUAAAAAGAUUCUAGUAGAAUUCAAGAAAGAGGCAGCAACUGCAAAUAUCUUUAAAGAAAACACCCAAGAAACUUAAACUGAAUGCAGUACUAUGCGCUUAUGUGUACUGUGCCAAAUGAUUUAAGAUUUGACACAAAUUAGGCUGGGUGCAGUGGCUCACACCUGUAAUCCCUGCACUUUCGGAGGCCAAGGUAGGCAAAUCACUUGAGGCCAGCAGUUUAAGACCAGUCUGGCUAACAUGGUGAAACCCCAUCUCUACUAAAAUACAAAAAUUAGCUGGGUGUGCUGGCCCGUGCCUGUAAUCCCAGGUGGUCUGGAGGCUGAGGCAGGAGAAUUGCUUGAACCCAAGAGGCAGAGGUUGCAGUGAGCCAAGAUCAUGCCACUGUAAUCCAGCCUGGGCAACAGAGUAAGACUCCACCUCAAAAAGAAAAAAAAAUAGGUCUGACACAAAUGUGGGUAAAUAUGGACAAAAGAGGCUUCUAUGAACAUUCUUGCACAGUGCAGAUACAUUCAGUCUUGGGCUGAUCCUAAGCAGCACUGUUAUCAGAUGCUGUUAGCAUUCUUUCUGUUUUGGUUCAGAAUUUUGCUCCUUUGUUGCUACAUAUUUCAGUAGGGAGCCCUGGCAGCUGUUGGUUAACAGAUGUCUUUGUUAGGGAGCAACAAUCACAAUCAAAGCUACCAUCAAAUAUACUUUGUGACAGCCUGGGGGAUUAAAACAAGGAAAGAGUCAGCAUAACUCCAUUGCAAAUGUCUUUUUCUUAAACUUUAUAAAAUGGUACAAAUUAUGCAUGUAGCUAUUCACUACUCCUGGUACAUUAAACUUACUAGCACUUUUUUUUUUUUUUUUUUUUUUGAGAUGGAGUCUCACUCUGUCUCCCAGGCUGGAGUGCAGUGACACGAUCUCGGCUCAUGCAGCCUCUACCUCCCGGGUUCAAGCAAUUCUCAUGCCUCCUGAGUAGCUGGGAUUACGGGUGUGUACCACCACACUACCCUAAGUUUUGUGUUUGGUAGGGAUGGGGUUUCGCCAUGUUGACCAGGCUGGACUUGAACUCCUGACCUCAGGUGAUCCACUUACCUCAGCCUCCCAGAGUACUGGAAUUAUAGGCGUGAGCCACCGCGCCUGGCCAUAACUCACACGUAGUGACUAAGCAAUGGUAGAUAGAUAGCCUAGCAAUGGUAGCUUUUCAUUUUCUAGUAAUGCACACAUUUUGGCCCUGGCUCCUGAUACAAGUUUCUUUUGUGUACUUAGGCUCACUUAUGGAUACAUCGCUUUCAAAAGCCAGGAAUUUAGGAAAGGUUCAUAACAUUUUUAUAGAACCUUAAGCUUCUCGAAGGGUAAACUCUAGUAAAAUUUCUCUAAAGAAUUGGCCAGGCAUGAUGGCUCAAACCUGUAAUCCCAAUACUUUGGGAGGCCAUGAUGGGUGAAUCACUUGAGGUCAGUAGUUUGAGAUCAGCCUGGCCAACACGGUGAAAUCCUGUCUCUACUAAAAACAUAAUAAUUAGCUGGGUGGGUGGCACACAUCUGUAGUCCCUACUACAAACUACUACAGCUACUCAGGAGGCUGAGGCAGGAGAAUCACUUGAACCUGGGAGGCGGAGGUUGCAGUGAGCCGAGAUCACACCAUUGCUCUCCAGUCUGGGUGACAGAGUGUGACUCUGUCUCAAAAUAAAUAAAUAAAUUAAAGGCUGGGGGUGUGAUGGCUCAUGCCUGUAAUCCCAGCACUUUGGGAGGCCAAGGUGGGUGGAUCAUGAGUCAGGAGUUAAAGACCAGCCUGGCCAAGAGGUGAAACCCCAUCUCUACUAAAGAUUCAAAAUUAGUGGGGCGUGGUGGUGGGCUCCUGUAAUCCCAGCCACUUGGGAGGGUGAGGCAGGGAAUUGCUGAAACGCGGGAGGCGGAGGUUGCAGUGAGCCAAGAUUGCACCACUGCACUCCAACCUGGGUAAGAGAGUGAGACUGUCUAAAUAAAUAAAUAAAUAACACUCUGAAACUCAGCAGCUUUCAACAACAAAUAUUUACUACAUCAUGCUGAUUCUAAAGGUUAGGAAUUUUGGAAUGGCUUUGCUGGGUGUUUCUAACUCAGAAUCUCCUGCAGGCUGCAGUCAAGAUGUUGGAAUGGCACUACAUUAUCUAAGGGCUUGCCUAGGGCUGAAGAAUCUGUUUCCAAGAUGGUUCACAUAGCUCUUCGCAGGGGCCUUAGUUUUUCACUAUGUGGGUCUCUCCAUAGGCAGUUUGAAUGUCCUCACAGCGUGGCAGCUGGCUUUCCCCAGAGCAAGUGACCUAAGAAAGAGCAAGACAGAAAAGCCACAGUAUCUUUCAUAUCCUCAUCUUGAAUAGAGGUUGUAUUCUAUUGAUCACAUAGAUCAAUCACAGCACAAUAUUGGAGAAGACUACACAAGGGCAUGGAAAGCAGAGGCAGGAAUUACUAUGAUGGGCAGGAAUCUUGAAAGAAGUUGGCUGCCACAGUGAUUGAUUGCUUUUCACCCACCAAUUCUACCUCCUUUCACCAAAGAGACUCUAGUUAAGCUUCUGAGAACCAGGCUUACGGAGCCAGUUUGAGAUUGGUUUAAUGGAGAUUUGGUUUAUGAAUCUUAGGAUGAUAUUGAAGUGGUGGACCAAGAACUGUGUAAAUAACUUUAGCUGGAAAAAUUAAUACUGUACAUUUCCCUCCAACCCUGAAGAUCCAUGGAUCUGUUUGGAGAUAUAGAGGACAUUUCUUCUGAGAGUGAUGAGGGCAAUCAACCACCUAUUCCAGGACAGCUGGUUGAUGAACAUGGAAUGCCUCAGGACCAGCAGGAGGAAGAGCCAAUUUCUGAAACCAUAAUAGAAACGGAAAUUCCCAGUAUCAACUCUGAUUUAGGAAAUGAAUUGUAUUUUGUUAAACUACCCAAGUUUCUCAGUAUAGAACCCAAACCUUUUGAUCCUCAGUUUUAUGAAGAUGAAUUUGAAGAUGAGAAAGUGCUUGACGAAGAAGAUAGAAUCAGGUUAAAAUUAAAGGUAGAAAAUACUAUAAGAUGGAGGAUACGCCGGGAUGAAGCAGGAAAUAAAAUUAAAGAAAGCAAUGCUCGGAUGGUCAAGUGGUCAGAUGGAAGCAUGUCCCUGCAUUUAGGCAAUGAAGUGUUUGAUGUCUACAAAGUCCCACUGCUUGGCAAUUACAACCACCUGUUCAUAAGAGAAGACACUGGUCUGCAGGGACAAGCCGUCUUUAAAUCCAAACUUACCUUUAGACCUCACUCUACAGACAGUGCUACAUACAGAAAGGUGACCCUGCCACUUGCUAAAAGAAGUUCAAAGACACAGAAAAUUAGAAUCUUACCUAUGGUGAGUCGUGAUCCUGAAGGCCAACACACAGAAGUGAUGAAGAAAGAACGCUUGAGGGCUUCCACUCACCAGGAGUCUCAGGAAAUCCAUCUGCAGGAGAAGCAGAACCAGCAGGGGCCAAGUGUCUCCUACCAGGACCCUGGCAGUGAUGAUGUGGAAGAGGAAGGCAAGGACACCUUCAGCCUGGCUGCCAUUAAAAACUAUUACCAAGGUGAACUCCAAGGUGAGUCAGGUGUGACAGUCACAGUUCAUCAUUUCAGGGUUCAUCACAGUUCAUCACAGUUCAGGGUGACAGUGCCUGCUUUUGCUCUGGUGAGCUCUUACCCCUUUUCCUACUGUUUACUGAGAACAAAAGUACAAAGGGUUUAUGUUUUUCUUAGGGCUACUCUCCCAAAGAAAAGAUUAGCUGUGAAAAUAUGGCAUUCUCCAAAUAAAAUCAAUUAAACAAUUUAUAUUGUUGUGGAGGGAAAUGUAUAAAAGGCAGUUCCCGUUUGUAUAAUUGAAGACUCAAUAUUUAAGUUUCAUAGUUCUUAAAAAUGAUGUGAAUAGGUAUUUAAGUGCUCAAAUAACCUCUUUAAGAACAAAACCUCUCAAAUCUAGUCAUUUUAGCAUGUCUGAAAGUUCUACUUACUUUCCCACUGAAACUUUUAAAAAAGUUAACUCCUUCAGGAAAAAUGUACAGUGGGAAGUAACAAUAUUUGGCAGAAGAAACACUGAGGAAUAAACCAUCUUUGAAGGUUAGUUUCAUGUCCAAAAUACCUUUGCUUUCAGAGGAACAAGCCAGAAUCUAUUCCUCAGACAGUGAUCAGGGGUCAGAAGAUACGACUCAAAGAUGAGUGAGAGCAAAGAAACUCAGUAAUGAAGUAAGACCAAAUGUAUUCAAUUCUCAGAAUUUACCCCGUACUCAGGAGUCAACUGCUGGGAAUAUUGCUCACAGACCUGGCAGGCAGAAAUUAACUGUCUACACACUUGAUUGAAAUCCAGUGAGAUCAGUGCAGCAGUAGGACUAGGGGUUGCCCAAAGGUCUGAUACCUGUGCUCUGGUAGGUCUUCAAAGGCUGCAUAGAGGGGGAAUACUCUGCUGGGUGUUGAAGAAUGAGCCGAAGUUUGCAACACACAGGCCAGGUUAGGUACUCUAGGAAGAUGGAAAGGCCUGUAAAGAAAGGUGCAGGGGGCUGGGCGCUGUGGCUCACGCCUGUAAUCCCAGCACUUUGGGAGGCCAAGGUGGGUGGAUCACGAGGUCAAGAGAUCGGACCAUCCUGGUCAACAUGGUGAAACCCUGUCUCUACUAAAAAUACAAAAAAUUAGCUGGGCAUGGUGGCAUGUGCCUGUAAUCCCAGCUACUCAGGAUGCUGAGGCAGGAGAAUUGCCUGAACCCAGAAGGCGGAGGUUGUGGUGAGCCGAGAUCGCGCCAUUGCACUCCAGCCAGGGUAACAAGAGCGAAACUCCGUCUCAAAAAAAAAAAAAGAAAGAAAGAAAGGUGCAGGGCCUGAGAUAUCAAGUCUUGGCUACAGAACUACAAAUUGCUUCAUGUGGGCAAAGCAAGGAGUGGUCUACCAUAUUUACUGUGGGAAACUGGGUGUCUUUAAAAUUUUAUUUAAUUAAUUUAUUUAUUUUGAGAUGGAGUCUUGCUUUGUUGCCCAGGCUGGAGUGCAAUGGUACGAUCUUGGCUCACUGCAACCUCCACCUCCCAGGUUCAUGUGAUUCUCCUGCCUCAGCAUCCUGAGUAGCUGGGAUUACAGGCGUGCGCCACCAUGCCUAAUUUUGGUAUUUUUUAGUAGUGACAGGGUUUCACCAUGUUGGCCAGGCUGGUCUCGAACUCCUGAUCUCAAGUGAUCUUUCUGUCUCGGCCUCCCGAAGUACUGGGAUUACAGGCAUAAGCCACCAUGCGGCCUUUUUUUUUUUUUAAGACAGGGUCUUGUUCUGUUGCCCAGGCUGGAAUGCAGUGGCAUGAUCAUGGAUCACUGCAGCCUCGAUCUCCUGGAUUCAAGAGAUCCUCCUGCCAAAGCCGCCUGAGUAGUUGGAAUGACAGGCAUGCAUCAUGAUGCCUGGCUAAUUUUUAAAAUGAUUUGUAGAGAUGAGGUCUCACUAUAUUGCUUAGCCUGGCCUCAAGCAAUCCUUCUACCUUGGCCUCCCUGGUACUGGGAUUAUAGGCAUGAGCUGUGGUGCUUGGCUUAAAACUGGGUAUUUUUAUUGUUUGAAUACAAUAGUAGUUGAGGGGCUAUCUCAUUUGUUAUAAAAAUAUUUUGUUUUCCUUUUAUAAGAUCAAAGGUGAAAAGAAAUUUUAAGUCUCUCUUUUAUUUUUAUUUUUGAGAUAGUCUUGCUAUAUUGCCCAGCUGGAGUGUAGUGGCACAAUCUUGGCUCACUGCAACCUCUGCCUCCCAGUUUCAAGCAAUUCUUGUGCCUCAGCCACACGAGUAACUGAAAUUUUAGGCAUGCACCACCAAGCCCGGCUAAUUUUUUUUUGUAUCUUUAAUAGAGAUAGAGUUUCACCAUGUUGGCCAGGCUGGUCUCAAACUCCUGGCCUCAAGUGAUCUGCCUGCCUCAGCUUCCCAAAGUGUGGGGAUUAUAGGCGUGACCCACUAUGCCUAGUCUUAAUUAUUAAUUAUAUAAGAGAAUCACUAUGGUAUUGCCCAUUGACCAUAUUAAUUCAUUCAAUGUUUUCUGAACACAUGCUCUGUUCUGGAGAUACAGACAACAAAAACUCCCAUCACAGUGACAACAGUGGUCACUGUGUGUUCAUUUAUUUUUUUUCCCUCUCUAUACAACACACAUAGUUGUCCCUUAGUAUGCACAGUGGAUUGGUUCCAGGACUCAGAAUAUACCAAAAUCCACAAGUGCUCAAGUUGCUUAUAUAAGAUAGUUUAAUUCGUAUUUGCAUAUAAACUAUGUACAUCCCUGCUUUAAAUCAUUUGUAGGAUGGGUGCUUUGGGGGCCCAGCACUUUGGGAGGCUGAGGUGGGCAGAUCAUUUGAGCCCAGGAGUUUAAGACUCCCAUCUCUUAAAAAAAAAAAAAUUAAAAAUUGUCCCUGCUACUCAGGAAGCUUAGGCAGGAGGAUCAAUUGAACCCAGGAGGUUGAGGCUGCAGUGAGCCGUAAUCGUGCCACUGCACUCCAGCCUGGGUGACAGAGCAAGACCCUGUCUCAAAAAAAAAAAAAGAUAUACUCUCUCGAUUACUUAUAAUACAAUAUAAAUGCUGUGUAGGCUGGGCACGGUGGCUUAAUUCUGUAAUCCCAGCACUUUGGGAGGCCGAGGUGGGUGGAUUACCUGAGGUCAAAAAUUCAAGACCAGCCUGGCCAACAUGGUGAAAUCCCAUCUCUACUUAAGAUAUAAAAAUUAGCCAGGUGUGGUGGCACACGCCUGUAAUCCCAGCUACUCGGGAGGCUGAGGCAGGAGAAUUGCCUGAGCCCUGGAGAGGGAGACUGCAGUGAGCUGAGGUCAUACCACUGUACUCCAGCCUGGCCAAAAGAGUGAGACUCUGUCUCAAAAAAAAAAAAAAAAAAAAAAGAAAAGAAAAAGCUAUGUAAAUAGUUGUUAUACUGUCUUAUUUAAAAAUUUUUCAAAGAUUUUUGAUCUGUGGCUGGUUUAAUCCUUGGAUAUGGAGGUCCAAUUGUACUGAAUUUUAGAGAGAAAAGAAGUGAAGUACUGGGGAAGCUGGGGAACAUAUUUCAAGUAAAACAAUAGAAAUGUCAGUCAGUAUAGUCAGUAUAAAAUGAAAAGUAAGUAUUCACAGGGUGGGGUGGCUCACGCAUGUAAUUCCAGCACUUUGAGAGGCCUACAUGGCCAGAUGACCUGAGGUCAAAGUUUGAGACUAGUCUGGCCAAGAAGGUGAAACCCUGUCUUUACUAAAAAUACAAAAAAUUAGCCGGGCAUGGUGGCACAAGCCUGUAAUCCCAGCUGUUUGGGAGGCUGAGGAAGAAUUGCUAGAACCCAGGAGGCAGAGUUUGCAGUGGGCCAAGAUCGCGCCUUGUACUCCAGCCUGCCCAGGGGAAACCUAAGUUCAGUUGGCUGACCUAGACAGUAUCUGUGGGGACACAUUUGGCUACCAAGGGUGGAGAAACUGAGUUCUAACCUGAAGGGCUGGCUCCUGUCAGCUCAGAACCACUUUAGAUAAAACUUCAGGAAACAUUUUAUAUUGAAUUGUAUGUCUUAUCUCAUAUUUAUUCAGGUAAACCUUCCAGAAAGAGGAAAGCAGGGCGUGAAGAGGAAGAUCAUAUAAAGACCUAAAAUGUGCACUCAUUGUAUUCAAGUUUGUUUCAAAACAAUGAUGAAAUGACUUGUUUUAAUUGAAGUAAGUUGAGUUGCAUAAUCCUAGUUGUGAAUAAAAAGUUUUCAAAAGCAA